AUUUUGUUUUAUUUUCCAGAUUUCCUUCUGAAAUUCAGAUUUUUGUUGUUGUGCGGAUUUAGAUUUAUUUCAUAAUAUUAAUUCCACUUAGAUUCUAGGUUAUCGUUUGAAUUUAUUUCUUAAUAUUGUUCUUUUAUUUUGUUAUAUAUUCUUCCGAGGUGAAGAAGAAUAAAGUGCGAUAGAGGUUGUGAAAGAAGUCUAAAAUUUACACUAAAACCUUUUAUUUUCAGAAGCUGUAGAACUUUUGAUUUUCCCCAACGAAAGAGUAUUUAUUUUUCUCCUUCUUUUUCUGUGCUGGUAUCAUUUUUAUUAAUUUGAAAGCUGAAAAGUCUUUCAAGUCAUUGUAGCAUUUUUAUUUUUAAUUUGUGUGUGUAUCUAUAUAUACUCUCACACACACACACACACACACAAUUGAAUAUACCUAGCAAAGCUACUUGCUCAUUAUUCCAUCUGCAAUUUGUGCAACAUGGACUUUCUUCUUCUGCAACUUUUGUUCCUAAUAAUCUCCCUUGCCAUGCCCUUGUGCUUUUCUCUGAAACUCCAAAUCAACUUAUCCACCACAUAUCAGACUUAUUCAGUGAAACACCAAAUAGUUAGGCUGGCCAACGAACCCAGCACAGUGAAUUGGAUGAAAAACGUGAGGAGGGAAAUGCAUGAAAACCCAGAACUUUCAUAUGAAGAAAUCGAAACAAUUGCACUCAUUCGCCGCGAGCUUGAUAAACUCGGUGUUGCUUAUAAAUGGCCUGUGGCUAAAACUGGUGUUGUAGCCACGAUUGGCUCUGGCUCUCCUCCAUUUGUUGCUCUAAGAGCUGAUAUGGAUGCUUUACCUAUUCAGGAAAUGGUGGACUGGGAGAACAAGAGCAAAGUGGAGGGAAAAAUGCAUGCUUGCGGCCAUGACGGCCACGUCGCCAUGCUUCUUGGCGCUGCAAAAGUACUAAAACAACUGCAAGACACAUUACAGGGAACCGUUGUACUUAUAUUUCAACCGGCUGAGGAACGUGGUUCAGGCGCAAAGGACAUGAUUGAAGAAGGGGUGCUUGAUAAUGUGGAGGCAGUUUUUGGGAUGCACAUAGCGCCUGUAUAUCCGACUGGCGUUGUUGCAUUGAGGCCUGGAGAAUUUCUAGCCGGUUGUGGGAGCUUCAAAGCGAAAAUUCACGGGAAAGGGGGUCAUGCAGCAAUUCCUCAGCAAUCCAUUGAUCCGAUUUUGGCAGCAUCAACAUCUGUAAUUAGUUUGCAGAACAUCGUCUCGAGAGAAACAGAUCCUCUAGAUUCCCAGGUGGUUUCUGUUGCUGUGAUUAAAGCGGGGACUUCUUUCAAUGUCAUCCCGCAGUCAGCUACAAUUUCUGGUACUUUUAGAGCUUUUAGCAAGAAGAACUUCAAUGGACUCAUGAAAAGAAUCGAAGAGGUUGUAAAAGGGCAGGCAGCCGUGCACCGGUGCUCCGCUGAGGUCGAAUUCCAUGGGAAGGAACAUCCUACCAUCCUUCCUACUGUAAACGACGAGAGAAUUUAUGAACAAGUAAGGCGAAUCUCGAGCGAAAUAGUAGGAGAAGAAAACAUAAAAUUAGCUCAUACCUUCAUGGGGAGCGAGGAUUUUGCUUUUUACAUAGACAAGGUGCCCGGAUUCAUGCUGUUUUUAGGCGCAAGAAAUGAGAAGAUAGGAGCCAUACAUGCACCGCAUAGUCCUCACUACAUCCUCGAUGAAGAUGUGCUUCCCAUUGGGGCUGCCAUACAUGCAGCUUUUGCCCAUUCUUUUCUGUCAGAUUCAACUGGGAAGUUGCACCUUCAUAAUUUAUGAGAGUCCAUCUUCCUAUUA